UGCAUCAAUUUAACAGCCUGUAUCCUCAUCCUCCUCCAUCCCAAAUUCCGUGUUCCAAUUCCUUCUUAUAAAUAAACCCCUAAAACCCUUUCUCUCUGUCCCACAAAACCUUAAAAAAAACUUAUAUAUACACACACACAAAACCAACACUCGUAACUAACUCCCCACAUAUAUGGAUUUUUCCGAUGAACUUUCUACAUCCUGCCACCGUACCAAUCACUCCGACGAGGAGCUUCUUUUGGCGUCCCGAUACCCGAAGAAAAGAGCCGGUAGAAAGAAGUUUAAGGAAACUCGUCACCCUAUCUACCGUGGUGUGCGACGGCGUAACUCCGGCAAGUGGGUCUGUGAAGUCAGAGAGCCCAAUAAGAAGACUAGGAUUUGGCUUGGAACUUUCCCCACUGCUGACAUGGCUGCUCGCGCUCACGAUGUCGCCGCCAUCGCCCUCCGUGGGCGCUCCGCUUGUCUUAAUUUUGCUGAUUCUGCCUCCACUCUUCCCAUUCCGGCUACUGUCGAUCCCAAGGACAUUCAGAGGGCUGCAGCCCAGGCUGCAGAGGCCUUCCGCCCGCCGGAGGAUGAAUCGAGGACCGCCGCUGCCGGCGCGACGGCGGCGGCGGAGGAGGAGGAGGAGGAGGAAGGGAUGUUUUAUUUGGACGAGGAAGCGGUGUUUGGGAUGCCGGGGUUGUUGGCGGACAUGGCGGAGGCAAUGCUGUUGCCGCCGCCGAAUUGUGUGGGGAACGACAAUGACGACUAUGGGGCUAAUUCUAUGGAUUUCGAUGCCGACAUGUCGUUAUGGAGUUACUCGAUUUGAUACUCCUUAAUUAAAUUGACGUGUAAAGUAGGGGCAUUAUCGGGUUUUUUAUUCCCUUGGUGCCAAGUCAAGCGCCUAAGGAUAAAAGGGGGGAGGAAAAAAUUUUAAAAAAAUAAUUUCUUCCAAUCUCCGUAUGCUUUUAUAUCUUUUUAUAAAAGUACGGCCGUUUUAAAAAAUUAUAUAAAAAAAAAGUAAAACAAAAGGGUAAAAUAUUCUCUUUUGGAAAGAUAGAUAAAUAAAUAAAUACAUAUAAACUUUGUGUCUGUACAUUAUGGUAUAACAAGGGAGUCAUUUGAUUGAGAGAAUUUUGUGAGUAA